ACUGCCCCUACACUGAAAGAUCAACGUUUCCAUUUUAAAUCCUUUUCAGGAACACUAUAAAGGAGAAUAGAGGAAUCUGUUACAUUCAGCUUACGAAGCUCACCACCGGUCUCAGGGACAAAAACAAAAACAAAAUCGGGAAGGAAGGGCAUUUCUGGCAGCUUGCAGGGCUUAAUAGGUCCUGUUAAUAGGACAACAGGGUAAGGAGCCUCAUGGUAGCCCAGCCAGAACUGGCAUCAGUGUAUGCCAGACAAGAAAGAGGCAAGAUUCUGGGUCCCUAGUAGAGUUUUUACAGAGUUAUUCCAUGGAAUUUACCUUGGAUGUGGCUAUAAACAUGUUACCUGAGGAAUAGUAGAAGCUCUUACCUGUAUUCUGGUGGUGGACUAAGAGAAAUGCCUCUUGAAGAUGCUAUCAAGAAGUAAUAAUGGAAACAAUAGGACCUACAACUAUAGCACUCACUGUACUGGAGCAAUGAACACCGGCAAGGCUUAAGAUCAAAGGAGCAACUUGAGGCCAGGCAGACUGUCCCACUCUAGUCCAGCAGUGGUCACUAGGAUUCUUCAAGGAUUUACCUGAAAGAUGAGUGAUGGGCUGUGGAACUCCCUCAGUCCCAAUGAAUUCAAGCAACUCCAGAAAUAUUCAGAAUAUUCUAACUAUAAGUUAAAAGAUAUCUUGGAAGACUUAUACGGGUCAGAGCAGGAAAUAUCGCAUCACCUAGAUAUGCCCAUUAACUUUGAAGCAUUCAAGGCCUUCAUGAGAAUGUACUUCCAGGAGGACAUCCCUGAAGAAUUCUGUAAGCAUCUUUUCCUGUCCUUCAAAAGCAAGAACCUCCAGCAACCCUCAAAGCUCGAGAUAAGUUCCAGUGUCUCCCAAGUCAAAGCUACUUUUGAUGUCAGUAGGAAGCCACAGCAUGGGGAAUCCAACACACUUGUUACCAGUUCUCUACGUGAUCUAAAUGUUCCUGAAGAAAGCGGGCAGACCACUUCCUUGAUUUCCAGGUCCAAGAACAAGAGCAAAAUGUUUCAUGCCCCAGCCAAAAGUGUCUCUUUUGCUGGCUCAACUAUCAUUCAUAAGACUCUGAUUCUAAAUAACUUAGAGGAAAUCGGAACUCCGACUCUUACGGAAAACAGCUUACUUCCUCAGUCAUCUUUAGACAUCGCCUCUCAGUUCAUUUACCUGAAAGACAUCAUCUGUUACCUAUCACUUCUGGAAAGGGGUAGGGCUGAGGACAAGCUGGAGUUCAUGUUCCGUCUGUAUGACACAGAGGGCAAUGGUUACCUGGAUAGUACCGCACUGGAGCAGAUUAUCACCCAGAUGGUGCAUGUGGCUGAAUACUUGGAAUGGGAUACCACUGAGCUCAGACCUAUCUUGAAAGAUAUGUUGGAAGAGAUUGAUCUUGACCAGGAUGGAAUUGUGACUCUAGAUGAAUGGAUUGAGGGAGGGAUGACGACCAUUCCAUUACUGGUUCUACUAGGGAUGGAAACAGAUGAGAGCAAAGAUGGCAUGCAUUCCUGGAGAAUAAAGCAUUUCACAAGGCCAGCUUUCUGCCAUUUAUGCCGCUCGGUGCUGGUAGGAGUACGGAAACAAGCCCUAUGCUGCUCAUUUUGUAAAUAUACAGUCCAUGAAUCAUGUGUAUUCAAACAGGUCCCUCCAUGCAUCAGUACCUACACGAAAUCCAAGAGAGAUGAUAGGGUUAUGUAUCACGUGUGGAUGGAAGACAACAGACUUGUGAAUUGUGACUUUUGCAAGAAAGCCAUCAAGUGCUACCAGCCAGGGUCUGCCGUCCACUGUGUGUGGUGCCAUGCCACGUUCUUUCUCUGGAUGUUGAGAACAUUCUUUCUCCUAUGUCCUCCUGGAUUGUCCUGGGUCAUUGCACUGCUGCUGGUUCACAAAAAGUGUCACUUCAAGAUGUCGGUAAUAUGUGAUGGUGACCAAUUAAAAGACCAUCUUCUCCUGCCAACUUCCAUCAUUCCCAUGGUCCUGGAGAGAACAAUACAUAAAAAGGAAGUGAUAGAACCUGAAGAAGAAGAAGAAGAAGAAGAAAUUAUAUUAGUCGAACCAGAGGAAGAAAUUGAAAUAGAGAUUAUAGAGGAGCAAGAGAAAGAAGCCCCACCACCCAAGAUGACUGCUGCAAUGAUUACUGCUGCUUUAUUAAAGUCGAGAACCAAUACUUCAAAGAGUUCAACAAAAUUGAAGGAUGAGAAAGAAGAAAACCCACUCUUCAAGUUAUUUUCUUCAUCUUAUGCUAUAAACCUAAUCCAAGCAAAAUCCAGUACUUCAAACAAGAGUGCAACAAAAUUGAAGGAUAAAGGAGAAAAUCAAUCCACUGAGACACUUUCUUCAACACAUGAUGUCAGAAUCGAUGGAAGAUUUCCUUCAAAAAAGAAUGUAACAAUAUGGGAGGAAAAGAAAGAAGAAAAUAGCACAUCCGCCAACAUACCAUCAACUGAUUCAAGCCCUGUCAUUGCCACAGAAGAGAUCAACCAGAGCUCCUCAACCAUGGAAACAAGUAAAUUAGAGAAAAAGAUAUCCUUUGCUCCUAACAGUAAGGAAUCGAAAGUUCAAUUUAAAAUUAAUUUCAUGGACAGAGACACAGACUCAAAGGAUGAGAAACACGGUAGUAGAGGGGCCUCCAGAAGCUUUAUAGCUGGUCUUAGCCGUGAGAAAUUAAAAAUUAAUUUACAAUUAGAUUUAAUAAGCAAAGAUGCAGACAACUCAGAGGUAAAGAAAACCAUUUUCUCCCGAACAGUCUCUUCCACCAGUCUUGACUCUAAGGGAUCCACAACUAAAAAGCUAGAUAUCACAGACAGCAAUACAGACACAUUAGAGGAAAAGAAAACCCUUUCUUCCGAAAGAGACUCUUCAGCCAGUCUUGGCCCUGAGAAAUCCACAGUUAAUUUAAAAUCAGAUACGUCAGACAAAGAUACAGACCAACUAGAGAAAGAACAAAAAUCUGAGAAAGAAUCUGUACCAACCAGCAAAGAAUUCUUGACUUCCUCCACAAAUUCCCUGCAAUCCAGGACACCAAGCAAGAUGUUAAAUUCGGUCAUAGAACUGGACAAUGGAUCCACUCUCUGCUAUCUGUCAAGAGAUGCUUUCAUGAAAUCUGAGAAAGUCAACUCCACAGUAAUGGAUGGAUUUGGAUUACAGAUUGUCCCACCAAAGGACACACAUCCUUUGCUUGUUUUUGUUAAUCCUAAUAGUGGAACAAGACAAGGAGACAGAGUAAUUCGAAAAUUCCAGUAUCUGCUCAACCCCAGACAAGUUUACAUCCUAGAUCACGAUGGCCCUGUGUCAGGAUUGAACUUUUUCCGUGGAGUGCCAAAUUUCCGUGUGCUCAUUUGUGGAGGGGAUGGGACUGUCAGCUGGGUAUUGGAUUCCCUGGAUAAGAUUAAUUUUAUUGAAGAUCCAAAAGUGGCGAUCCUGCCUCUGGGAACAGGGAAUGACCUUUCCAGGUGUCUGCGCUGGGGAAGUGGUUACGAAGGUGGCAGUUUGACCAAAGUCCUAAAGGACAUUGAGCAAAGUUCCGAGGUGAUGCUGGAUCGAUGGCAACUUGACAUCACCCCCAAAGGUGGAGAGGAUGUUGCUUCAUACUGCACGUUCAAUAACUAUUUCUCUAUUGGUGUGGAUGCCUCUAUUGCCCACAGAUUCCACCUCAUGCGAGAGAAGUACCCUCAAAAAUUCAAGAGCAGGUUGAAGAAUAAGCUAUUGUACUUUGAAUGUGGCACCACAGAAACCUUUGCUUCAAGCUGCAAGAGGCUACACACCUUCAUAGAGGUGGAGUGCGACGGCAUUAUCCUGAACCUCGCUGACACCCUGCUGGAGAGCAUUGCCGUACUCAAUAUUUCCAGCAUCUAUGGAGGAAGCAACAUCUGGGGAGAGAACAAGAACAAAUCUUCCCAUUCCGGGAAUAAGUAUCCAUUGACUACCCAGAGAAAGACAGUCACUGACCGCAAGAAGCUGAAAAGCUGCAUCCAAGAUUUCAGUGAUCGUCGUGUAGAAGUAGUGGGACUGGAGGGAACCAGGGAAAUGGGACAAAUCUACACUGGACUGAAGAAUGCUGGGAAGAGGCUGGCUCAAUGUACCUCCGUUAUUAUCAGGACAAGCAAGAUGUUGCCCAUGCAAGUGGAUGGAGAGCCCUGGCUGCAGGGACCCUGCACGCUUGAAAUCACCUUCAAAAACCAAGUGCACAUGUUGGCACGGCUGCCUCCAAAGCCCAGCUUCUUCUUCCUCAAGAAGUAAGAUGCCUGGGACUCCUGAAGGGAGCACCAUGAGCCCCAAGCCAACCCAGAAAGCAGAGGAAGAGGACUCAAAAGUCUACACCUACACACACACUCACACACACACACAAACACACACACAGUCCUCAAGAAACUGACACAAAGAGACUCAACAAGACCGAUAACUCCAUCUCAUCUGGCUCUGUGUGCUUCCAAACUGGCUUUGACAACACCCAAAAUGCCCAGUGAAAAAAACAGCUUCUUGAAUGGCACAGGACUCAGAGGGUACCCCUUGUCCACCACUACCACCACCAACCCACUAAGCCCCAAGUGGCUCCCUUUGGAGGGAGAUGCCAAGAUCUACCUUCCUACCACUGGUCUACCCCAAAGGACCCAUGCAGAGCCCACAUAGAGAACUUCUCCCAAGUGGCAGAAUCCAGAGUUGAAAAACAAGACAAAUGCCCCCCUCCUACCCACCCCCAGUCCAGAGCUCCAUUUGUGCUGAGACCAAAUGGCCCAAGAGGGCUCAGAACACGACUCCUGGCAAAGGCUGGCAAGUG